UCUCUUCCGGUGUCGUGAAUUACGCUCUUGAAGUCUGAAGUUUUUAAAGACUGAUGGGGUAAAAAAGAGAGUGUGAGAGGACAAGAAUGAUGCUGGUAUGGUCUCACUAUGGGCAACCAGUCAUCAUCGACGGCCGCCUCCAGAGGUCAUCCAGGUGACUUGACCAGUCUGAGGAACGAUUUGACCUGGCCUCUUCAGUACCACUCUACACACAGUGAGAACAUUGAGAUUGUCUCAGAGAAACGCGUGGCCCGACGCUUUGAGAGCUUUUGUAAGGGGAUAUGUUUCAGCAGUCGUCCUGUGGCGAUCAAUGAGAAGGUCUUUGUCAAGUUCAAGGAGACGUCCACCAGCUGGAGUGGAGUACUGAGGUUUGGGUUUACCAGCGUCGACCCUGCCACAGUUCGGUCAUCGGAUCUGCCGCGCUACGCCUGCCCAGACCUCACCAACAAGCCCGGCCACUGGGCUAAGGCUCUGAGUGAGAGAUACGCCGUGACGGGUAACCUGCUGGUAUUCUCUGUAAGCAGAAGUGGAGAGGUGUCCUACUCCCUCAACGGCGAGGACAAGGGCUUCUUCUUUGGCGGCGUCAACGUGAACGAGCCUCUGUGGGCCCUGUUUGAUGUCUAUGGUAAUACAGUGGCAGUUGAGCUUGUUAACCCAGAAACCCAACCUUUGAACAACCUGAGCAGUUUGAUGUGCCCAACCCCUACACAGACUUGCUCAUUGUCCCCGCAGCUGCCCGUGGUGGGUGACCUGCCCUCCCACCUGGCCAACGCCCUUACCAUCACCCCACCAGACUAUGUCAGCUCAGGCCUCACUCGUUAUCACCUCAACAUCAACUUCAGCCCGAUGCCUUUACACAGACUCUGUGGAAAAAACGUCAAGCUGUCUCCUGACCGGACUAUAGGGAUUAGGAGCAGGGAGGAUUUCUGUAAUGGCUAUGUCUUCACAGACCGACCGUUGAGCUGUGGUGAGAAGAUUGUGCUGCAGAUUCUGGGGCUGGAUGACACGUUUGAUGGGGGUCUGGGCUUUGGGUUUACAUCGUGUGAUCCAGAUACCAUCCAGCAAGAGGCGCUACCUGAUGACUCUGAUCUCUUGCUCGACCGUAUGGAGUACUGGGUGGUUAACAAGGAUGUUUGCCGCAACGCAGAGGUUGGGGAUGAGCUCGGCUUCACACUGACUGUAGAAGGUGAGGUGAAGUACUCGAGGAACAAUCACCGCGUCUGCACGCUGAUGCAUGUCGACCGCACCUUGCCACUCUGGGCCUUCUUUGAUAUCUAUGGCAGCAUACAGAAAGUCAAACUUCUGGGUGUGGUUCCUGCUGUCACUCAUCGCACCAACCAGAGGGCCCAUUCCACCUCUUUCCUUGAGGGGAGUAUCACAGUGGCCCUUCCUCCUCGCCAGACCCCGGUCCCUGCCUUGCAGUCUGGCACAAUGAUCCACCCUGCACCUCUUCUGCGCAGCACAAGUGUGCCCACCCCGCCUCGUCACCCACCCAUGGAGAAGUCACCGUCCCAGGGCCCCUCCCAGAUACAGGAGGGCAUGGAAGAGCGUAGCCCCAUGGCCGACAAUGCUGACAACGAAUGCACAGUGUGCUAUGAGCGAGCUGUCAACUCAGUGUUGUAUACCUGCGGCCACAUGUGCAUGUGCUACGAAUGUGCUAUUCUUGUGCAGAGGGAGAAAGACGCACUAUGUCCCAUCUGUCGGCAGAAAAUCAAAGACGUGAUAAAAACAUACCGCACCUGAUAAUAACUGUUGUGACAAAGACUUUACUUCUCCGUGCGAGCCCCUAGGCAUUGGAGCUUGAAGGUAGAAGACUAGACGUGAAUGGGAGUAAUCAGAGAGCUAGUCAUACAGCAUGACUGGGGAUCCAUGGUGUAAAUGCUCAGGUAGGGCUGCCAGAAGAGACGCAUGGUUUGAGCCAGGCACUUGUGCUGAGACCUACACAAACAGUUUGCAGUUAAUGCUAAUCCUAACAAUAGCAGCCUGCUGGAACAAGCCAGCUUAGCCAAGACAAACUAGAGGGGAGAUGGGCAGGGAAUUUGAGCCUGAGGGACUAGUCUCCCCUUAAAUUGCCUCUCUUUCCAAGUGUACAUUAUACUUAAAUCAAAACCUCUUAUCUAUUUUGAUUUAUCUAUCUACAUGUAUUAUUAUCUAUAUGUAUUUGUGUAUAUCUUUUGUACAACUACUGCUAUUAUCAGCCAACACCUGUUGUUCACAUAUUUAUUUGGUUUUAGUUUCCUUGAAUGAUGUUCAAUGCUGGUAACUUAGGUGCCUCUGAAGGAUGGGUGGCAAUGUUGCCAGCUGCACCAACUGGAUGGGUGGUAUUGUUGUUAGUUACACCAGCUGGUUGGGUGGCAAUUUUGUUAGUUGCACCAGCUGGUUGGGUGGCAAUAAUGUUAUUUGCACCAGCUGGUUGGGUGACAAUGUUGUUAGUUGCACCAGCUGGUUGGGUGACAAUGUUGUUAGUUGCAAACAGUUGGUGAGGUUGUAAUGUUAGUUGCACCAGAAAAGGUAGGUUGUUAUGGAAAAUAAGGUCUUCUCAAGCAAACCCAAAUUUUCCCAAAUUAGGAAUGUUUAAGAUGAAACAGCCCCAUUGGUUUACUCGCUUUGAUGUCUUCCUGAUAUGAGUUUACUUCUGCAAAAGAACACAUGCCCAUAUGAAGUUGCUGGAAAGACUUUUUUCAGCAAAUUGAUGGGAAAGGAGGACUGGUAAGAUUUUACAGGUGGGUGAGCAGGCAUGCUUUAUUUCUAGGCUCAAAGGUUGGAAGCCCUUUAUUUAGACUGCACUUCAACCCUAGAAUGGACAAAUCAUGGACCUACAUGUGGAUUUGCACUCUGGAUAACCCUUGGCAAGACCACUGCGGUCAACACAUAAACACAGAAUGGGUAGUCUCCCCUACAUUGCAGUGGACGGUCCACACAUAAACACAGAAUGGGUAUUCUCCCCUACAUUGCUGUGGAUGGUCUACACAUAAAUGCAGAAUGGGUAGUCUCUCCUACAUGUACAUUGCUGUAGACGAUCUAUGCAUAAACACAGGAUGGAAGCCUCUUCCACAUGGUUGGGCGUGCAAUUUGGCUGGUUGGCGUGCAAAUUGGCUGGCAGGGUGUGCGAUUUGGUUGGCUGGACCAUGCGAUUUAGCUGGUUGAGUGUGCAAAUUGACUGGUUGGGCAUGAGAUUUAGCUGUCUGUGUGUCCUCCAUCUUCACGGACAUAAUUUUAUCAUUCGUAGUGGUAUGGUGAUGGCUUCAGUUAUUGGUGUGGUUUAAUUCAAUAGGCCAUAUUGAUCACAUCAAGCCCCCCCCCCCCCCCUCCGCCCCCGCCUGUCCACUCCUGCUCCCCCGCCAGCCCACCCCAAAUGAUGUAUGCGGCAGACGUUGAUUCUGCUGGUUUGUCCCCUCAUAAAUGUUCACAAUUAUGCAAAUUAGGACAGAUUUUAGACUAUUAUCUGUAGUGAUGUACUUUGAUAUACUUGUCAUAGUUUCAUAAUGUAAAUAUUUAUUAUAGAUAUCCAGUAAAGGUAGCUCUUCUGAGUAAACAUGU